AUGGGAAAUCCUAACCUAAACGGGCUAAGCGUGCACCUGGUGCUAACUCUAGAGUUUGAUACUAACGAAGAGUGGUAUACAGAAGGAAUAUAUGAGAUACUCGUUGCAUUCGGCAUUGAGGCUUUGACAAAAAUAUCUUCAAGCAGGAAUUCUGGCGGAGAUGAUAGCCGUAGAUCUCAAACAUGCUCUCGCCUCCACGAAGGCAUGAGUAAGGUUUCUGCGGCUAACUUUUCCAACAAAGUAAAGGUAUACUGUCCUGAUAUCGAUGCGGCUAGGGAUAAUCUCAGCAUUUUAAGAGAUCUGAGGGCAUACGUUGAGACUGUAAACGAUAGCUACAUUGCGCGGCUGGUUAUGGAUUCCCUUGUCAAAAUCGGGGACUUGAUACUAGAAACCGAGUGGAGAUGCCGAAGAGUCGAAAGUUCGGGUGAAGAAGGCUGCUUUGGGAGUAAUCCAAUCAACUCCCUUACCGCCCUCAGGGUUCUCACUAACACCACUCUAAGCUUAGUGAAUAGAGGCAUGAUAAGACGGUCGGCGACAGAUUUACAUUACAAUCUCUGGUUUGACGCGCCGAAAUUUUUCUUCCACUACUUAAAGCCGCUACUAAGAAGAUUCGAGCUUACGCUUGGUCAAAUCGUCGAUCUAUUAGCCCUUCAAGGAGGCAUCAUCUCUGAACUGACUACACCGCCAAAAGACAAGGCCCGAGCUUAUGUGACAUCGAUCAGUUGCAUGGCAUCAUCAGAGUUGCUCAGAACAUAG